AUGUCAACAUCAGAGAACACAACAACUGCUAUCGUUCAUGAAGCCAUAAAUGAAGAAUACGAGUGGGUUCAGUUUAACAAACAACUCCGUCUCAUUCGUUCGGUCAAAGACGAUAUGUACCAGAUGCAAAGUAUUUUGACAGCAUGUUUUGCUCCAGAUACUAAACACGCAGACGAUUGGUUUAGGAACCAAAGCACACAAGAACUUUUGAGUGAAAUUUCUCUAGACCGAGAAAAAUCGGUCUUGCCUAAAACACAUGAAAAUCGUAAAAAUUUGCCAAUAAAUUUAAGAGGUUGGUAUGUACAUAGACUUCUUGUAAAUAAUGUGGCACAAUGGGCUUCGCCUCGUUAUGCUUGGUAUGUUUGUAAACUUCUUGACGAAAUUCAUAGACAAGAACGUGAAGAGAUGGAAAAGAAACUUCAAGCAAAAGAUGAAGUCAUUGAAGCAAAAGACAAAAACAUACAGAAAAGAAUACCACGUUCGGUACCAAAAGGAAAGGAAAAGAACUAUAAGUAUAUGAUUUAUACUGAAGAGAUGGAAAAUGAAGAAGACAGAGAUAUGGUUAUGUUGCAUUUAGUCAGAAGAAACAACAAAAGCUUUUACGACCUUGCUAAGAUUUACAAAUCUGACAGAAAUUGGUUCUAUCGCGAAAACUUACCGAUUUCAAUGACACCGAAUGAAGAUGUGAAACAAAUAGUUCAAGAUACGUUACCUCAAACACACUAUGAUAUGAAAGGUUGUACAAUACUUACAUUCAAAGAAGAUUUGCCAUUGUUAAAGGAAAAAAUAACAGAGUAUUUCGACAACUUCAAACAAGUAGGGUAA